GGCUUACAAGGCGCAGGAGGAGAAGUUAAAUGACAGUGGGGAACCUAACGAUGUCUCCACUUCACCGCUGCCUUGGUCACCGAUCAUUGACUGCAUUGUUUUGGCCUUCUACGAGUUGACAGAUGGCCUCUCCUUCUACCUCUGUCGUCGAUUGCCAAACCACAAGGCCGUCUUCCUCAUGAAUAGUAGUACACCGGCAGCAACAGCAGCCAAGUCCAAUGAAGUGAAUUCUGGUACCCCGGAGCACCGCGCCUCCUUCUACGGCCCCGGUCAUUUUCUCAUCGUGCCGGCUCCCACCACACAGAAUGCGCAGCCCCCUUCAGGACGAGCUCACGUAGCCGAUCCUCGCGAGCGUGUCAAGAAUCUGGAUAAUGUGGCAUUUGAGGACCUCUGCAUAGAUGUCUAUGAUGAAGCCGAACGCCGCAUGACUAACGCAAUUUUGGAGCCCAGCUUUGAGGAAAACGGAGAACGGACAGAGCGUCUCACAAAUGGCGGUGCCCAUGGUGAUGGUCAACGACCACGCUCUGCCAUGGCCUCCGCAAAGCACAGUCUCGCACUGUUCUUCCUUCCCCCUAACACGGCCUACUCCACAGUGCGCAAUCAAGCCCGUCAGAAGCUGGGACGCCUCUCCGUGACAGAGUUUAGAACUCUUGUGGUGGAUGUACUCACUGAGGCGGCCAACCGACUCAGCCCUCUGCUCGAAAACGCU